AGCUAGCCGGGCCUGGGAUUGGGAGCCUUGGGCAAGGGUGUGAGAAAUUGAGUUUUGAGACGAACUGAGAAACGAGAAAGGGCGGGUGAAAACUGAAAAUGGCGUAGUUCCGGGAGGGAGGGAGCCGGAGGGGCCGAGAGCGAGAGGGACAUUAAUAACUAUCACCCAACGGCCAACACCAAGCGCUCAGAUGUCAGGGACCUACUCUGUUUCACUUUCACCGUCGUCGGCCACGUUUUGCACAGCAGCUUUUGUUUUCUUUGCCAUAAAUCAAUGUCACAGAAACAACGUAAUAAGUUAAUAACUAGGAUAACAAUUGCUGCUCCUCUUCCUCUCACUGUUCAAGAAUCAUAAAUUCGGUUUGGUGCCACAGUAGCUUUCCUUCUUCCGACUGGUCGUUUGGUCCGUCCUUCUUCUAUCUCUAUCGUUCAUCAUCCCCUGGGAAAUUCCGCACUGUUUCGAACUAAGCUCCUUCUUUGGAACGAUUGGGAUUUCUUCUCUACUAUUCUAGCUUUACUUGCGGCCUAUUGAGGUCUUGCUGAAACUUGCAUAAAACAAUGAGAGCUGAAGAAGAACCCAUACCUGGCGAUCACCAAGUGGGUGUAAAUAAGAGUACCGUUGCUCUUCUUCAUACUCAAAAGGCUGAAGACCUGACUGGAAUAACUGAAGAAGCCCCAUCUGUUCAUCACUGGAGGAAACAAAACCUAUUCCUGGAGAUACCCUCAAGAAUAGAUUUUGUGACAAUAGACAUGCCACCGACAAAAAGUCCCACUCCAACAAGAGUAAAUUUCCCAUCAACCCCUAGCCCCGCUUCAGCAAGAAUUUAUGGAUCCCCAGGUCCCUCCUCAUCCAAAGGUAAAUCAACGAUAAAAAGCCUCCUACCACGUUUAAGCUUCAAGUAUCGGAGUUCAACAACAGAUAUUGAAAAGGCUGCUACUCUAGCACUUGGGGCUUCAUCGGCAGGCCGGGAGAAGACUUCGAUCUCAAGGUCUUUAUCUUUUACAAAGAUAUUUACUCCCAGGGUGAAGAGAACUUCGUCACUACCUGUUACCCCUGUUGCACACUCAAACCCAGAAUCUCUGCGUGGAGGGAGCACCAUUGAACCAAUGAAUUCAACUAAAAAGGGUACCCAGCGACACAUAUCUCGUUCUCUUUCAGUUCCCCUGAACAAUAAAACACAAAGCAUAAGGCGGAUUGAUUCCUUAGGUGGCAUAUUUCGUGUAAUUCCCUCAACUCCACAAGUGGUGGAGGGGAGUGCCUCUGUAUCAAAUGCAACACCAACGGUGGUGGAUCCUGAGGGCAAAGAUGUGGAUGGUGAAGAUAUUCCUGAGGAAGAGGCUGUCUGUAGAAUCUGUUUGGUUGAACUGGGUGAGGAUGGUGAUACCCUUAAGAUGGAAUGUAGCUGCAAAGGUGAACUUGCAUUGGCGCACCGAGAAUGUGCUAUAAAAUGGUUCAGCAUCAAGGGUAACAAGAACUGUGAUGUUUGUAAACAAGAGGUUCAGAAUCUACCUGUCACACUUCUACGAAUCCAAAAUGCUCAGGCUGUUAGGGCAAAUGCAAAUAGAUCUCGGCAAACAGAAGUUUCUCAAUACAGGGUUUGGCAGGAUGUGCCUGUUCUUGUCAUUGUCAGCAUGCUUGCAUACUUUUGUUUUCUGGAACAGCUACUGGUCAACAAAAUGGGUACUGGUGCAAUUGCUAUAUCUCUGCCAUUUUCCUGCAUAUUAGGUCUCCUCUCAUCCAUGACAUCAUCUACCAUGGUGAUGAGAAGGUUUGUCUGGAUCUAUGCGUCAAUUCAAUUUGCACUGGUGGUUUUCUUCGCUCAUCUUUUCUACACAUUGCUUCAUGUUCAAGCUGUCCUAUCCAUUCUCCUCUCUGCCUUUGUCGGUUUUGGUGUUGCAAUGAGUGGGAGUUCUAUAUUUGUUGAGUUCUUGAGAUGGAGGAGAAGGUGGCGCACUAGGUCAGAUCGUCAUCACCACCUUCAGGAAAUGCCACUGCCAAUUCAGUCAUCGGAAAAUGCACAUCAACAACAACCGGGUCAUCCUGACAACCACCAAUCUGAACCUGAAAAUUCAGAGAACCCACGAGAGAGUUGAAUCGUUAUUUAUAAGAUAGUUAUUGUUUUGGAUGAUCAAGUGGAAAUGUUUAGCUGUAUUAUAUAUAGGCUAUCUGAUUAUAGUCUCAAGAGAAACAUUAGCCGUCUGCCAUGUCUCCAUCAA